AAGAUGACUCUCUUUCAACUCAUAUGACACCUCUCCAGGUGAAUCUAAAUGUGAAGCAGGGAGGGAAACGUCUGGAGCACCAAGGCAUCCGCAUCGAGUUUGUUGGACAGAUAGAGCUGUUCUCUGAUAAGAGCAACACCCAUGAGUUUGUGGACUUGGUGAAAGAGUUGGCUCUACCUGGAGAGCUCGCCCAGAACAGGAGCUACGACUUUGAGUUCAUGCAGGUGGAGAAGCCGUAUGAGACCUAUACUGGAGCCAAUGUCAGGCUAAGGUAUUUCCUCAGGGUGACAAUAGUCCGUCGUCUGUCUGACUUAGUGAAGGAGUACGAGCUGAUUGUCCACCAGUUGGCUACAUACCCAGACGUCAACAACUCGAUCAAGAUGGAGGUCGGCAUAGAAGACUGUCUGCACAUUGAGUUUGAAUACAAUAAAUCCAAAUACCACCUUAAGGACGUGAUUGUUGGGAAGAUCUACUUCCUGCUGGUCAGGAUCAAGAUCCAACACAUGGAGCUACAGCUCAUCAAGAAGGAGAUAACAGGCAUAGGUCCCAGUACUACCACAGAGACAGAGACGGUCGCAAAGUAUGAAAUCAUGGAUGGGGCUCCAGUUAAAGGAGAAUCAAUUCCCAUUAGACUGUUUCUGGCAGGAUACGACUUGACACCUACCAUGAGGGAUGUCAAUAAGAAGUUCUCUGUACGCUACUUCCUCAAUCUGGUGCUAGUGGAUGAAGAGGACAGAAGAUACUUCAAACAACAGGAGAUUGUUUUGUGGAGAAAAGCUCCAGAGAAGAUUAGGAAAAAGAACUUCCAGCGCUACGAGUCUCCUGAGCCCCGCACCCAGCCAGUGAGCGCUGAGCAGCCGGAGAUGUGAGGUGGCGCUAUGAACUGAAAACCCACACAGACACACACCAACUCUUCACUGCUGAACAGCCAGAGGUGUGAGAGCUACCACACUAUCUCCCUGGACUGAGAAUGGUAUACAUGAAUACACUCAACAUACCUUUGAGACAUCCACAUCACCACUCUAAAGCUUCAGAUGUGAGCUGUCUGCCCGCCCCCCCCCACCCCACUCUCCCCCGGACUGUAACACUUGCAUACCGAUGCACAAGCAUAGAAUCCAAGAAGGCUGAAAGCUAAAUGUCAAGGCAAGAGUGCAAACGAGGAAGGAAUAGUGAGACAGCCGAUUUGAUCCUGGUGUCUCAGACGAGCGAAGCCAUAAAGCCUCCGUUUGUUGAUUGCAAAAUAAAACAUGAGCAAAGAUGGGAUGGCUCCAGAUGACUACAACAUCGUUUAUCCCUUUCUACUGCAACACGAGCUUUUUGGUUUGCAUAUUUGGAGCGCACAUGUCAUGUCUGAACGAAGGACAUGAGGCUAAGCUACAAGUUGAAAACAAGAUUUCCCCAGUUGUUGUUAAAUGUGUUGCAACAGUCAACAGGCGGUUUCUUCCAUGCAAAUGUCUGUGUAUUGCAACAAAUGUCCAUGUAGACAUAUAUUUAAUCUUCCAGCUAUUUAGUGAAAAUUAAAAUAUCUGUAUCAUUUCAAUGUCCUUUACUUCUAAAAAUCAUAAAGUUAAAUGGAAAUCAUUCAGAGCUGCAACUAAUGAUUUGGUUCCGCACAUUCUUGAUAAAUCUCUUUAACAUGUCAUUAAAAGUGAAAAACAAUUUCCGAAAGCCAGAGGUGACAUCGACAAAUAUCGUUUUUGUCUGACCACGAGUCCAAAAACAUUCAUUUUACAGUCACAUACUGGAGAGGAACACGUUGAAGGCUCAGUUUUUAAUAGAUAACAAGAGAUCUGCCAUCAAAACAGUCGAUUUACAAAUCAAUUCACUAAUCGCUGCAUAGAUUUAAAUCCACUGCUUGACAAAGAAUCUUAACUUCAAUACAUUUUAGUCUCAUGUUAUUAUCAAUAUUUAAUGCUGUUUUCACUGAUAAUGGUUCUCUGGCACAAGCCUUAGUUCGAUAUUACACGUGCUGUUUAGUUUGUCUUUCCUAAGUUAUUUUGAGUUGGUUCACUCACUCACAAAAAGAAGAUUCAUUUUUUUCCCAAGAUGUCAGAGCUAUCUAUGAUAAGUACAAAUGAAAUGCCAGUACCUCCAAAUGAUUGGGGUGGAAGAAGAAAUAUAAAGGGAUAUAUCAACUUAGACACACCUAAAAGCUGUAUUGCAAAAUAUAAAAAAAAUGUAAUGAAAUAUGGUUAUAGGUCAUUUGAAAGUGUACACCUUUUUAUAAGUUCCUGUGUCAGGGCUGGUGACAGCUGACUCACAUCAGUCAAUGCAGGACUUCUCUUUUCUUUAGCAUCUUAAAUUCAAAGCUUAAAAUGCUGGAGGAAGUGGUCUGGCUACUUGUAUCUGAAGAAAAUGUUCAUGUUAUCACCGCAUGGGCUUAAAUUAUUCAAAAAUGAAAUGAUGCUAGAUUUACUGUCAAUUUGUGAUUGCUGGUUUGGUAUAAGUAGAAUACUAAUGUUACAAAAAUGUCGUCUGAUAAGCACUGGAAGGGAUGCUGCAUCGCUUUACUGUAAAAUCCAACAUUAUUCCACUGUGACGCUCAGACUGGGAGUUUAGGUCUUGCUUUAAAGACACACAAACUGUGGUGUUACCGGUUUGUGUGUAGGUUCAAUCGGCUCUUAAGCUCUGAACUGUGGCCAGGUUUGCACUUUCCCCUUUGAUACUUAACUUUGUUCAAAAGGGGCAUGGAAGCUGAAGCUAAACAUUACUCAAGGGCAACUCCACCUCAGAGGUCCCCUGUGUCUAUAAUGGACAUUAUGCUGUCAUUUAUAUAUCACUACUUGAUUGAAUAAGUACAAUAUGUUGUUGCUUUUUGUCUCUUACAUGUGCAAGUCAUGCUGUCACAUUAUGUUGCAUUUCAUAAAACUCUGAACACUAACAUCUUCUGUUCAGAUGUAUUUGUUAUUUUCUUUUGUGUGGAAACAGUGUGAUUUAUUUGCAGGUUACACUUUUAUUCAGCCUUUCAGACAUUUGUAGUCUUUCUAAAAACACUGUACAGGCAGGGUUUGUUUAAAUGCCUUCAAAGGUAAUGAAGAAACACUUCAAUGCCAAAACUAUCUGCCCGUGUCUUCUACUGCAUGUUCAUCUUUACACAAUGUCUAAUCAUGUCAUUGAUGUGUAUGUAUGUGUGUGUGUGUGUGUGUGUGUGUGUAUGAUAAUGUUUAUAUACACCGAACCCAAAUAUAUAGCCAAAAUAAAUCGUGAAUAAAGCAAAUUUAUACAGAAUAGCUUUAGAACAACACUCUUUCUUUAUUAAAAAACAUGGACAAGAGUUCAGUUCUUUGUUUACAGAAACGUCUCAAUAUGUUUCGUACAAAUAAUUCCUACA